UAUAUUCGAAAUCUUGUGAUGUAUGUUCGAUAAUCUUGUGAUGUAUAUUCGAAAUCUUGUGAUGUGUGUUCUACAAUUCGGUGAUGCGUGCAAUAAAAUUGCAUGACGCAACAGAAAAGUAAGGACAAUUUUCAUUGGUUAGAAAUAACGAAAGUAGCUGAAGCGUCGGGAAAACCAUGCAGGUGAGAAAAAACACAAUCAUCAGUUUGUUUAUUGCAGCACUUAUUACGAGAUGCACGAGUGUUGUUCCUGGUGACAUGAUGGAGAUAUUUCGGCCUGCUAGGGAAAAAACUCAACGAGCUGAUCGCCAACCAGGAGAUCAGAAUGAUCGCAUCUGCUCCUGCCACUUUAAGGAUGGUAAGAAGGAGGGGGACUCUGCAUAUUUUGCAUGGAAUGAAGGAAAGGCCAUGGAUUUCUCUGAUCCUGAAUGUACAAAAAGGAGGAAAAAACUCAAAAGUGAGGAGUCCCUGUCAUCUUCACAGAUGGACCAGUUGCAGAUUCCACAAGCACCAAAAUGUCAAUAUCAAGAAAAAUUGAUAUCAGAGCACAACUACUCAGUAUCCUGCACAUUUAACUGUACUCAAGAAAUGCAGCGCCUCUCAACAGAAAUACAACUGGAAAAGGAAUUGCUUGCCCUAAAAAUAGAGUCUAGUAAAAGGAAGCCAAUAUCAAUCCACGAUAUUAAAUACAACGAAGAGAAGGUCUCUGAUCAGCAGGGGCAUUUUCUCUAUAUAAGAAGAAAAUGGAGACUCCCUACCCACCCGAUGUAUUUUGUCGGACAGUUUUCUGUACAUUGCAGCUUUUUACCUAAUUCUGGGUAGAAUCAC